AUGUCGGAAGUAAUCCCCAUCGCCAUGCUAACCGCCACCAAGUGUCACUUUUUCUACCGGCAACUCAUAAGUCUCCUUUUGGCAAAGGGUGCAGCCCAAACAGAUAUUUUGGUUCUCACCGACGGGCACCAGGAAGAAACUUCACAACUAGCCUCCAUCUUCGGCUUGCCUGUCAUCGAGCACCGCCACGAGGGAGAAGCAGGCACCAGCACGCCCCUCAACGCCCACUUCAAAUUCUCUUUAUUCACGGCCUUCUCAACCUUCAGCAACGCUUCUAAAGUCAUCAUUUUAGAGGACGACCUCAUCGUCUCCCCUGACUUCAUAAGUUACUUCCACCAGACGGCGUGGCUGCUUGAUGCGGAUGCAACACUCUACGUCGUGAACAGCUUCUCCCUCAACAGCUUCCCAACGGUCGCCGUUGACGUGACGCGUGUCAGGCGCUCACAAAUGUUCCCUCAGUUCGGCUGGAUGGUUACUAGAGAUUAUGCUCAAGAAAUCCUUCACUUUUGGGUCGAUAAUUCGGAUGCAUCCUGGGACUGGGACUGGCGACUACACGCAGAGUCUGUAAGACGGGGACGGCACGCCCUGGUGCCAGAAGUGUCCCGAAGUUUCCACUCUGGUUCGUCUGGAGCUCACAUCAAUGGAUGGAGUCAGGCUCUCAUAUUUUCAAAUAUGAUCUACAAUCACGACCCAGAAGCGAAGCUACAAAAUUUACACUUACUCCUCGCUGACGUCUAUGCAGAUUAUAUCGCGAGCGAACUUAGACGAUCGAAAGUCAUUUCGAUGGAAGACGGAUUCAACCCCUGCCACAUGGAAACCAUUCCGGAACACAUGUGUUUACACACAUACCCGGACCACGCGUUUGACAACUACGAGGGUGUGAUGCAGUACACCAUCACUGACAUCACUCCGCACACCACACUGUACGCGGUGGCCUGCCCUAUGUCUCCCUACUGGUGA